AUGGAGGGUGAUGAGGUUAUCGGCGCACCAAAGCAUCCCAACUCGCUGCAAAUGGUGCACAUUAAGGAAGGGGAAGUUCCCCGCGUGAUUGCCUAUGUUUCGACUAGGCUCUCCCGCUAUCGUCCCGCUAUGCACCCUGACAUCGUCGACCAUCGCGACAUACUCGUCCUCUCCCUCUUUAGCAGGGGUAAGGUUCUUAAUCUAAUGAACAUCUAUUCUGAUGAUCAACACACAGCCAUUGAGCACCUUGCUGCUCGUGUGCAUUCUCUUCCGCCUUUCAUUUAUAUGGCAGGCGACUUUAACUGCAUUUCGACAACUUGGGAUGACUAUGAGCAUGGCGAGUCAUCGACGGCAAUAUCCUUGCAGGACACCGCAUCUCAGAUCGGCCUCGAGUGGGCACGACCUUCUAACCAUGGACCGACAAGGAUCAGUCCUAAUCCAAACCAGAGAUCCAAUGUAUUGGAUCUUGUAUUCUUAGCUCCAUCUGAGAUUCUAAUCUCGAUGCCCAGAUUGGAGCACGAUCUCCAGGGUCCAUCAGAUCAUGUCCCGAUCUGUACAGAUCUUGAUGUCAGUCCCGAACCGCCCAGAUCUGGGCGACGGACAAUUAAACCCGGAAGCGAGGCUGAAAAGUCUUUCAUUUCAGAUAUCCUCUGGGAUCUUGCGGCUAUUCCUGUCACAGCCCCGGCAACCAAGGAAGGCGUUGAAGCUUUAGCUGAUGCUAUCGUGACAGUGUUCUCGGACGCGUGGCUUGUCCAUUCGACUGAGUCCAAACCUACCAAGCACUCCAAGUCCUGGUGGACAGAUGAGUGCUCAGAAACAUUUGGAGCAUAUCAGCUCAGCUGUUUGCUGGCUGAUUACAACAAAUUCCAGAGGGCGUGUAAGGAUGCCAAGCAUGACUUCUUUGAUGAGCACAUCGCAGAAAUUGCCACUUCUCGCAAGCGCCUGUGGGACCUGAUGGAAUGGGUCAAACAGUGCAAGCUACCACCCUGUGAGGCUAUUCGCAAUGGCAACCAGCCUUGCCAUGAUAUGGACGACCUCUGGGACGCCCUGCAUGGCACGUACAACUCAGCCUGGGGUCGUGAGUACAAUGCCUCAGUCUUAGAUGAGCUUCCUGAUGAGCCAGUCCGUGAGUGGGCUGACUUUUCGGAGCAUGAGUUGUUGAGUGCCCUUAAGGGGUGCUCCAACUCCUCUGCACCAGGACCGGACCAUGUUACGUGGGUCCACCUAAAGGAGUUGCUCAAGGACAAACACAUCCUUGCGCUCUUCAUCGUGUUGGCCAACGCUUGCCUUCGGGUGGGUCAUUGGCCAUGUAUAUUCAAGGAGUCGCUGUCGAUUAUCGUCCCAAAACCAAACAAGCCCUCCUACGCAGUCCCAAAGGCCUUCAGGCUUAGGGUUGGCCGUCGCAAGAUGGACAACUCUAUAGACACGCUGCGCUCUCGGGCCGCGCACUCAGUCCUGGAUUUGUGGAGUUCCACUUUCCAGGAUCCAACUUACUGA